UACUUUGAUCGAUCUAACAUACCUAUCUGAUAUUAACCAGAAGUGUAAUAUAUAUCUAAUCUGUGUUUGAUUAUCUCUUUGUUAUAUUGUAUACUAUAUUCUAGUUCAUACAUAUCUCCGACUUAUUCUAAUAUUAUCGACUUACCGUCGCGAAGCGGAUCACUUACCUCAAGCGUUGGAGGAAUGACCAAAAUAAGCCGCAAGAAGGCCAUCGUCAUUGGUAAGUAACCCAGCCCAAACCUCACCUCACACAACUUCACUAAAACAAACCAGGCGCCGGCGCCGGCGGCAUCGCCACGGCAGCCCGCCUCGCCAAAUCCGGGUUCGCCGUCACCGUGCUCGAGAAGAACUCCUUCACAGGCGGGAGAUGCAGCCUGGUCCACGAAUCGGGGUACCGGUUCGACCAAGGGCCGUCUCUGCUUCUCUUGCCGAAGCUGUUCCACGAAGCGUUUCGGGACCUGGGCACGUCGCUCGAGGCGGAAGGCGUGGAGCUGCUGCGCUGCCCGACGAACUACGCGGUGUGGUUCGCGGACGGGGAACAGUUCGAGCUGACGCCCGACCUCGCGCGCAUGCGGGCGCAGAUCGAGCGCUACGAAGGGCCCGAGGGGUUCAAGCGCUACCUCGCGUGGCUGCGCGAGGCGCAUGAUCACUACGAGCUCAGCGUGUCGGAGGUCCUGCACCAGAACUUUACUUCGUUUUGGAAUUUGCUGGUCCCCGGCUUCGUGUGGACUGGCUUAAAGAUACACCCCCUGCACAGCAUCUGGGGUCGUGCCGGCAAGUACUUCUGGACGGAGAGGCUGAGGAGGGUGUUCACGUUCGCGACGAUGUAUAUGGGCAUGUCGCCGUUCGACGCCCCGGCUACGUACUCGCUGCUGCAGUACUCGGAGCUCGCGGAGGGGAUCUGGUAUCCGCGGGGCGGGUUCCAUGGCGUGCUGGAGGCGCUGGUUAGGGUGGGCGAGAGGAUGGGGGUUGAGUAUCGGUUGGAUACCCCCGUGAAGCGGAUUCUCACGCACGAAGACGGGAAGACGGCGAAGGGGGUGGAAUUAGAGUCGGGCGAGACGCUAGACGCGGACGUGGUGGUCGUGAACGCGGACCUCGUGUACGCGUACUCGAACCUAUUCCCGCAGACGCCGUCGACGCAGCGGUACGCCAGGUCCCUGAAGCAGCGCGACAGCUCCUGCAGCUCGAUUUCCUUCUACUGGGCCCUCGACCGCAAGGUCCCCGAGCUGCAGACGCACAACAUCUUCCUCGCGGACGAGUACCGCGAGUCCUUCGACGCCAUCUUCGACAGACAAGAAUUGCCGCGGGAGCCCAGCUUCUACGUCAACGUGCCCAGCCGCGUGGACCCGAGCGCGGCGCCCGAGGGCUGCGACGCCGUCAUCGUGCUCGUGCCUACGGGGCACCUGCUCCAAUCCUCCAACCCUUCCAACGCAAACCCCAGUCCAAACCCGGACCCCAAAUCCGAAGCCGGCAUCCCCCGCGAACAAGACUGGCCAGCCCUGAUAUUACAAGCGCGCACCGCCGUGCUCUCCACCAUAACAGCACGAACGGGGUGCGCGCUCGCGUCCUCCAUCAUCCACGAGCGCGUCAACGACCCGCGGGCGUGGGAGGCCGCGUUCAACCUAGACCGGGGCUCGAUCCUGGGGCUGGGCCACGGCUUCUUCAACGUGCUUUCGUUCCGGCCGGGGACGCGCGCGCGCGGGCUAGGCGGGGCGUACUUCGUCGGCGCGAGCACGCAUCCGGGGACCGGCGUCCCGAUCGUGCUCGCGGGGUCCAAGAUCACGGCCGAGCAGAUACUGGAGGAUUUCGGGAUGGGGGUUCCGUGGCGCGGGUGGAUGGAGGAUGAGGAGGAGAGGGGAGUUGGAGGGAUGGGGAGGAGGGGUAAGGGAAAGUUGGAUAUGAUAGAGAAACCGUCGUCGUUUGUAGCAAAUACGAUUAUAAGCUCGUUGGUGGUGCUGUGGUUAGCAUCAUUGAUGUUGCGAUAUGGGAUUCCUUUCCUUUAGUUAGAUAUUGCCAUUUGUAAUGUUAUAAUACCUACUAAUCAACAUAUCACACCCAGCUCGUGGCUUAUGAAUUUAGA